UGUCGAUGAUAGGGGCAGCUAGCCUUAUCGGAAGUACGUGGAAGAAAGUCAGGCAGUCAACAUGGAAGCAAGUACCUAUCCGAUUCACAGCUGGAACUUCCAUUAUCCGGUAACUUUAUUCACAAGCUCUGUGUGGUCGGGCGUUGUCAAGUUUCCCACCCCCGCCACCGUUGAACACAGCAACAACAACCACAACAACUUGACCACAACAACUAGGUUUGACCCACCCAGCACACUUGUUCUAAGCACCAAAACUUGGCCCUUCUCCCGGACAAGACAAAGAACGGUUUUGGAUGCCUGCCAAAUUAUCGCCCAUAAAUUGCCGUCAUCUUCCCACAACAAACUAACAGAAAGCUCGGCAACCAAACCACCGCAACCAGACCACCCUUCAUCAAAGUCCCAUCUUUCCUCCUUCUCCCGUCAUCUUACUGAUCCAUCUCCAUUCCCAACCAGUCAUUAACCAACCUCAGAAUGGCUUAUACAACAAGGUUUACGACCAUAGCGGGUAUGCCGUCCGUGAUCUUCACGUCCGCCAAUGCCACGGCCGAAGACUUGGAGGACAUGGACUUCGAGGUCAUCCAGAUCGACAUUCCUGCUCCCACAACCGGCGAUGCCGCUUCCACGACCAACGAUGCCGUUCCCACGACGGGCAAUGCCGCUCGCAUAAACAUGCAGGACAUCUUCACGGCCCUCCGGAUCGACGACGCUGCUCCCACAACCGGCGAUGCCGCUUCCACGACGGGCGAUGCCGCUCCCACAACCGACGAUGCCGCUUGGAUAACCGACGAUGAUGCGUCUUCCACGACCGACGAUUCGUCUUCCACGACCGACGAUUCGUCUUCCACGACCGACGAAGAGAUAUUCAUCGCCAAGGAUCUCGUCUUCGACGAAAAGGGCCGACUCGUGAUUGACGCCCUCUGCGUCGCCGACAAGGAUGCACCACACCACAGAUGGAUGUACCGUCACAGGGUCUCUCUCGACGCCAUGGAGCGGGCGUCACCGGUCUGGAAGGAAAAGAUAUUCGGGCCCGAGGGCGAGGAGCGGCCGAAGCCCACCGACGACGAGGAGGACUGGACCCUCGUGCUGGACGACGACGACCAACCGCCGGCCAUUGCCAUGCAGCUCGCCCUCAUCAACGGGAAGCCGGAGGUGGUGCCGCUGUGGCACAACAAUCCAGAUACCAUGCGCGUCUGCACCAACAUCUUCGAGUUCAUCGGCACCGCCGACAAGUACGGCGUUCUGCCCCUGUUCCGGCCCUUCGUCUCCCACUGGUUGCCGCACGCCCGCCCGAGCUCCGGGAACGCGGACGUCAAUUACGUGCACCGGAUGGAAGCGGCGUGGCAGCUGGGCGCCCUGGGUCUGGUGCAGGAUCAUGUCCGGAAGCUCGUCUACGAUUGGGUCUUCACGCCGGCCAUUCUGGACGCGUCGCUCGCCAGACUGAGCUUGGCCAACGAUGACGGGCUCUUGACGUCAGUUCCGCAACUGCUCGACGUGGUUGGCAAGCGCCAGCUGGAGCUGAUCCAGUCCGUCCUAGACUUUUUCCAUCACUUCUUGGCGGACCUCCGCGGCGAGAAGGGGAUCUGCCAGCACUCUCUGCCUGGCACGCCGGACUACGAUCUCUGCAACGCUGGGGUCGACGAGUUUGUCUCGAAGCGUAUGGAGGAGCCAGCCAUCGGGAAGAUCCCGGUGGAGGCAAAGGAUUACCCUCUGACCAUCUACCACUUGCUACACACCGUGACCCAUGUCUUGGGCGUCUCUUGCACCCCGGGACCGAAGCAACUCGAGGGGCACGCGUGCGUCCCGGCCCUCCACAAGAAAUGCGUGGACCUUGCGACAGAGUUGCUUGGCCGCUGGAAGGGAGCGGAAUCCAUCUUGGAGCCGGAACAGGUCGAGUGGCUCAAGGAGCGUGGUGAGAUCCUAGGGACCGAGAGUUCCUCUGCUUGUGAGACUGUGUGAUGGUCGCAGGCAAACUGUGGGCGAAAGCGUGGCACCCGGGGGAUGAACAAACAAUGUUCCCAGUUAACCGGAACCAAGUGGCGACCUACAUGUAUUUUUAAUUCCAUGGUUGUACCAUGACCAACAAUUGAGCAUUAGGCUUAUCCAAGAA